GAGGCAGUGUCACCAGUCCCUCAGAACAGUUUGUCUCAGACCUGGAUGAGGCGUCUUUUGCAUUUGGAGGAUACUGCAUACUGAAAGACAUUAAAUAAGGACACCAUGGACCAGAUAGAGGAUCAAUUCCAUCAAAGAAGUGGAUCUUUCUCCAGUGCUGAGCAUUUGGACUUGGACAAUGCCAGAACAGCUCACCCAUCCCUGUUCAGAAAAUACCACCAGAGCAUCCAGACGCUCAAACCUUUCCGCUGCUCCUCACCAUGUCCCCACCCUCUGGACAAUGCAGGCUUUCUGUCCUUUGCUUCCUUUGCCUGGAUGACCCCCAUGAUGUGGGCGAUAUUCAGGAACAAGCUAGACAUGAGCUCGCUCAACCUGUCUCCUUUGGAUUCAACGGAUACCAGCGGAGAAAGGCUGCAGAGACUCUGGGAGGAAGAAGUGGCGAAGGUGGGCCUGGAGAAAGCCUCUUUGGUUCGAGUGAUUCUUCAUUUUCAGAGAACCAGGCUGAUCAUUUCUGUCUUUAUUGGUUUCCUUUCCCUUGUGGCUGCAUUUCUUGGCCCGGCUGUUCUGGUCCAUGAGAUCCUGAAAUAUGUUGAUGCCCCAGAGAAGUCCACAGUGUACCACAGUGUUGGUUUGGCCUUUGGUCUGUUCAUCUCCGAGUUCUCCAAAGCUUUCUUGACGUCUUUGCAGUGGGCGAUCAACCUGCGUACCGCUGUCAGAUUGAAGGGGGCCUUCUCUUCAAUGGCCUACCAGAAAGUCAUCUCUCUGAGGGUGCACAGUGGCAUCUCAAUGGGAGAGAUGAUUAAUGUUUUGACCAGCGAUGCUGACAAGAUGUUCACAGCAGUGCUGUUUGGGAGCUUUGUGCUCUCUUACCCAAUUCUCUUCUUUGUGUGUAUCAUCUAUUCCUGCUUCGUUUUGGGCUACACUGCACUGACCGGAGCCUGCGUCUACAUCAUCUUCGUCCCCCUACAGUUUUUCUUAGCAAAGCUUAUCAACAUGUUCAGAUGGAAAGCCGUACUGAUAACAGACAGCCGUGUUCACACUAUGAAUGAGAUUCUCAGCAACAUCAAACUUAUCAAGAUGUAUGCCUGGGAGGAUUCCUUUGAGAAGAGGAUCACAGGGUUGAGGAUAAAAGAGAGGAAACAGCUACAGAGGGCCAGUUUUGUCCAGAAUAUGAACACCAGCAUGUCCAGCAUCCUUCCAACCAUUGCUGCUGUUGUCACCUUCAUUGUGCACACUUUGGUGGACUCAAGUCUCAACACAUCUGAUGCCUUUACCACCAUCGCCAUCUUCAACUCCAUGAGGUACUGCUUGGCUCUGAUGCCCUUGUCUGUGAGGGCCAUGGCUGAAGCUGCAGUGUCACUAACACGACUGAAGAAAAUACUGCUGAUCCAGAAUCCAGACCCCUACAUGAUAAAGAUGAAAGACAGUGACUCGGCCAUAAUGGUGAAAAAUGCGACUCUAUCCUGGACUAAACUGGACAGCCAGACAGACUCGUCACCCAGCUCAGCUAACGGGGUGAAUGGACACAAAGAGGAAUCCAACCAGCCAACCUUGAGAAACAUCUCCUUCACACUGCCCAAAGGUAACCUGCUCGGAGUCUGUGGGAAUGUGGGGAGUGGGAAGACAUCAUUGAUUUCAAGCAUUUUGGAGCAGAUGCACCUCCUUCAAGGCUCCCUCUCAGCUGAUGGGACGUUCGCCUACGUUUCCCAGCAGGCCUGGAUAUUUCAUGGUACUGUUCGAGAAAACAUCCUGAUGGGGGAACCUUUCAACAAGGCCAAGUAUUACAGGACUCUGGAAGUCUGCUGCCUCAGAGCUGACCUGAAUAUCCUCCCGUAUGGUGAUCAAACUGAGAUUGGUGAGCGAGGGUUGAACCUGUCAGGGGGGCAGAAGCAGAGGAUCAGUCUAGCCAGAGCUGUCUACUCCAAUAAAGACAUCUUCCUCCUGGAUGACCCACUAUCUGCUGUGGACGCACAUGUGGGGAAGCACAUUUUUGAAGAAUGCAUAAAGAAGGAGCUCAAAGGAAAAUCCAUCAUACUGGCUACACACCAGCUUCAGUAUCUGGAAUUUUGUGAUGACAUUCUGGUUCUGGAGGAUGGCGAGGUGCUGGAGGCUGGAGACCACCAGACUCUGAUGAACAAGAUCAACGGACGCUACGCUCAACUCAUCAGCAACUAUCAGUUAGAACAAUCCAAAACUCAAAGAGAGGAAGGUGAAAGUUCACCUCCAGAUGCUGUCCAGGAAGAGGAGCUUGAGAUAAGGGAUGGCAAUGACAGUGGGAUAGUGAAUCUUGGGUUUGACAUGUCAGAGGAAAAAGAUGAUGAAAGAACAACUGACGAACAAACUGGAGGUCAGCUGGUCAGUCAGGAGUCUGCCACUGACGGUGCUGUCUCCUGGAGAGUGUACCAGCUGUACUGUAAGGCAGCAGGAGGUUACAUCAUCACCUCCCUAAUCAUCCUGAACAUAGUCCUCAUGAUUGGAACCACAGCCUUCAGCAAUUGGUGGCUCAGCAUCUGGCUGGGGAACAGUAACAGGUCACCCAAUCAGACAUCAAGUCAAGACAACCUCUCUCAAAACUCACACAUGCACUUCUACCAGAUCAUUUAUGGUGCUGUGGCUAUUGUCAUGGUGGUGCUUGCCAUAUUCAAAUGCUUCUUUUACACCUGGAUCACCUUGAAUGCCAGCUGCAGCCUCCACAACAGCAUGUUUGAUAAGGUUAUCAGCAGUCCCAUGAGCUUCUUCGACGUAACACCAACCGGCCGCGUUCUCAACCGUUUCUCCAGAGAUCAAGAGGAAGUGGACAUCGUGCUUCCCUUCCAUAUUGACCCUUUCUUACAGUUCUGUGUGAUGGUCACUUUAAUCAUGAUCACCAUCUCUGCGGUCUUUCCGGCCAUGCUGGUAGCUGUGGUCAUUAUGGGGGCUUUGUUCACCAUCAUUCUCUAUGUGUUCCAGAGGAGUAUCUGUCAGAUGAAAAAGAUGGAAAACAUCAGCCGCUCUCCCUGCAUAUCUCUCACCACCUCGACUCUGCAGGGCCUCAGCACAAUCCAUGCCUACAACAAAAGAGACAGCCACAUAAAAAUGUUCAAGUCACUGAAUGAUAUUUACUGCAACCACUUUUCACUGUAUAACUCUGGGACACGCUGGCUAACCUUCUGGCUGGACUUCAUGGCUUGCACCAUGACUUUGAUGGUGGCUCUGUUUGUAGUGCUCAGCGGUGAUGAUCUCAUCAGCCCUGCCUUAAAAGGCCUGGCUUUGACGUACACAAUACAGUUGACAGGAAUGCUUCAGUAUGCGGUGAGGCAGUUGAUGGAGGUGAAGGCGAGGUUCAAUUCAGUGGAACGGCUGCAGGAGUACAUCACGGAUUGUACUUCUGAGGCCCCGAGAUGCAUAAAGGAGGCUCAGAUCCCCAAGGACUGGCCAAAAAGCGGAGCCAUCACCUUCCAGGGAUAUAAGAUGAGGUACAGAGAGAAUACACCCAUCGUCCUAAACGGGCUUGAUUUCCUCAUCAGAGCUGGAGAGAAGCUAGGCAUUGUGGGAAGGACAGGAUCUGGAAAGUCCUCUUUGGGUGUGGCUCUGUUCAGGCUGGUGGAACCAACAGAAGGAACUAUCCUGAUCGAUGGAGUGGACAUCAUGAGCAUUGGUCUGCAGGAUCUGCGCAGAAAACUGUCAAUCAUUCCUCAGGAUCCUGUGCUGUUCAUUGGGACAAUCAGGUACAACCUGGACCUUUUCAAUGACUACAUGGACGAGGAGAUCUGGGCAGUGCUGGAGAAGACCUACAUGAAGGACUCAAUCUCCAGACUGGAGGGGAAACUACAAGCACAGGUCCAAGAGAAGGGUGAGAACUUUUCUGUUGGAGAAAGACAACUUUUAUGCAUGGCAAGAGCACUUCUCCGCAACUCCAAGAUCAUUCUCCUUGAUGAAGCCACAGCAUCCAUUGAUGCAGAGACAGACGCUUUGAUACAGAAAACCAUCAAAGAAGCCUUCCAGGACUGCACCAUGCUCACUAUUGCUCAUCGUAUCAACACUGUGAUAGACGCAGAUCUUAUCCUGGUCAUGGACAAUGGAGAGGUGGCAGAGUUAGAUCAUCCUGAUGUGCUGAAGCAAAGACCUGACUCUCUUUUCUCCUCACUCCUGAAUGCUGCUAACACUGUGAACACCUGAACCACUGAAGGGUCUGAGACACAACAGCAACACAAAUCAGCAAUUACAGCAACUAAACUAGAGUAAAUUAUUUCAACAACCAUUUGUUAAAUACACUGAUUCUCUGUCAUACUGAUUGAUUUCAUAAAAAAGAAAACACCAACUAAUUUUGAGAGAAAUCUGUAUUUUCGAGAAGUUUUUUGAUAAAAGCUGCCCCUUGUUGAGAUCAGUGAAUCUCAAGUUUUAGGGCUUUUAAUUUGAUCUUUGUAUUGGCUCUUUGAAAGCCAUUUGGUUUAUAAUUUAUAUGGCACUACUCUGAAGACAAAAGAUUGAGUUUGUGUUUGUUGACUUCCUGUUUGUUCAAAAUUAUUAGUAGAGAGCAAAGAAUAAGUAACAAAAAACAAAUAAAACAUAUAACAUCUAGAGGUGUGUGCAACAUAACAUGAAAGAGGUUGAGCUGAACAAUAUGUAGUAAUAUUGUAACUUGAAAAAAAAGACCUACAUUUUAACUUCUCUUUUGACACAGGCCGUUAUUGUGCAUGCUUGGGUUAAUUAAAUAUAGAAGUAUUUUAAAAAUAAAACAUUGUAAAGAUCCUGUUGAUUUAUUUUCUGAUUUACACUCAAGAAAACACCAUCAUUGAUAGUGAAA